GACAUGCAAGCAAGGUAAAGGAGGCAGCAUGAGGUCUGUCAGCAUGUUUGUGCUGCUAGGUCUGGCAAGUGCUGUUUACUCUAUGCCGGUAACAGAAGCUAGUCAGAAAGAUGAACUUUUGGCAGAAGGCUACCUGAAGAAAUUCUUCAACCUGACGGAGCAAAGGAACUCAUCAAUCAGACGGGUAAUCAGCCCGAUGACUAAGAAGCUCAGUGAGAUGCAGAAAUUCAUGGGUCUCCAAGUCACCGGGAAGCUGGAUGCUGAGACUCUGGCCGUAAUGAAGAAGCCUCGUUGUGGCGUUCCAGAUGUCAAUAUGGCCCGAUUCUCCACGUUUGGCACCAACGUGAAGUGGCAGAAGAACAGUCUUACCUACAGGAUUGUAAACUACACUCCUGACAUGGCCAAGGCAGAGGUUGACGACUCCAUAAACAAAGCGCUGCAGGUCUGGGCUAAAGUCACUCCUCUGAGCUUCACAAGAAUCAUGAGUGGCACCGCUGACAUCAUGAUCUCCUUUGCUACAGGAGCUCAUGGUGAUUCCUCCCCCUUUGAUGGCCGUGGUAAGACUUUGGCCCACGCCUUCUCCCCGGGUGCUGCAAUCGGAGGUGAUGCUCAUUUUGAUGAUGAUGAGAACUUCACCUUCCGCUCCAGCAGAGGCACCAUCCUCUUCCUGGUGGCGGCCCAUGAGUUUGGCCACUCCCUGGGCCUAUCUCACUCUAAUGAUCGGAGCGCUCUGAUGUAUCCUGUGUACACGUACAAAAACCCAGACACCUUUGUUCUCCCCAGCGAUGAUGUCACCGGCAUCCAGUCACUUUAUGGUAAAAACCCCAGUUUUGGUUGAAUGGCCGUCUCAUAUUUUCUCUCAACCAUCGUACAAGGUGAUGGAGGCUCCAGUCUGAUCACAUUCAAAACUACAGUGAAUGUACUAGAAUUUGUAUGCACACUGAAUGGUUCUGUUCCGUCUCAGAACAGAUUCAUUGUUUAAUAGAUUAUAUAAAUAAAUUACAUUUAAAAAAAUCGUCUUCAUUAAGCUUUUCUGCAGAGUUUAAGAAAAAUUUGAAAGAAGGAAAAGCACAAAUAUAUGAUAUAUAAAUAUAAACAUAUAUAAACACACACACACACACACACAUAUACAGUGGUAGCAAACCACCCGUAACACCCACGUUUUCCAUGGAAAAAAAAAACACCGGGAGCUGCUGGGGGCAGCAAUAUUAUAUUAUCUGAGAACAUUCAACAUUUGUUUUUUAAUCCAAAGAAGACCCAAAAGACAGGGGUCAGAGGUUUAACAUUUUAUUUUUUAUUGACAGAAAAUCAUAGCAUACUUAUUGAGUCCUCGUUCUCUUUUAGCCACUGCCGUAAAUGGAAUAGGAGCAACAAUGAAGCGUAAGCAUCAUAUUACGCCUUAUAAAACUGUAAAGUCUGUUCAGAUCGUUUACAGACGACAAAACAUUGUCAUGGCAUCAACAAGGACAGCUAACUCGCUUUUCCCUGCUUCAAUCCUGCUGUAACUGAGAGCAACCAGUGCGACAUCGCCAGUCAAUGUGGAAACGCAUUCAUAAGCAGCGGUUAGGGCACUUUAAGCGUGUGAAGACAGCAGCAGUGACUGAAGAGCGACUGAAUAGAGUUGAUGUCUUCCCCGCUGACAAAUUGUGCCAAUAAUACUGUGUUUUCAAUAAAGUUAAUAAACAAUAGUAAUAUUAAUUUCAAUUUAAAAUGCACUGCAUAUUUUAAAGGAGUCAUAUCAUACUUUUCAUUCUAAAAAAUAUUAGAGUUUAAUGUCUCAGUAAGGUCUCUGUAAAUUUUCAUCCCAUAAAACCCUUUAGAUCGUCCACACUGCCCCUGUCAAUAUGUGGUUCUCACUCCCCAUCAGCAAACGCUGUGUUUUCUGGGCGUGUCGCAAGCGAAGCUGCUCAACACACCUCUGUGCGGAAGCGCAUACCUUUUUUGUUGUUGUUGUUUUUUUUUAAAUUGGCUCCAUGGAUACGAGCCACCGCACGGUUACAAUACAAUAGGUGGCAGUAGUGCGACAUUGAGAAUGCAAUCCACCGCAAUCCUCCACAGAAGAAGAAGACCCACUACAGGACUGCACAACAUUAGCCAGCUGAUUCGUAGCGUUGUAGAACCAUACGUCUACGAUCCCGAAUCUGACCCUGAAGCUGAAGAGGAGGCUGUUGAAGUCGCCACAUUUCGGCUGAUGCAAGAUGUGUCUCAUUGUUGUUACAGGUAUCUAGUCUACAGAGGCUAGUGAGCUGGUGCCGAGAAUUCCUGGGGUGAAGAAUCUGAGUUGCCAUCUCUUCAUGCUUGGGUUGUAGAUGAAGGCAGUUUCCUGAUGGAUAAAACACUAAAACACUCAUAGUAUGAUUGAUGUAGACCACCUGUGGAAUAACUCCUUUACCAUUUGAGUAAAAAUGUGUUUUUUGUGAGUGCAACACUCAUUAAGAAUUUUUUUAUUUUAUUUAUAUAUAAUUUAUAUGCUUUUUAUUUAUGGCCGAUUCAACUUUAUAGCUUACCAUAUUAGAAAGAGAAAAACAUGUAAUUUCAAUACUAUGAUUUCCUAAAUAAAAGUGUUUUACCUUCAGAAACAGAGUUUAGUGAAAUACAUAAUAGUUAAAGCCAACUUUAUUGUAAACCAAAAAAAUACACCACUACUCCAAAGUUAGAACAAACUGUUACCUUCACACUCCAAUGUGCAAUGUAUAGGUUACUGAGUUAAUUAAGAAGUCUGGGGGUUUGAGGUCAGAAGCUUUUGCAGGGCCUUGAAGACGAAAUGCAUGAAAGUAGGGUAAACAGGGAGAUGUGGUGAUCCUUGUUCUCAUCACUAUUAGGAAGACUGAGCGGAAGCAGUCCUCUACCAGAUGGAAGCUGUGGCUGUCCUCACCAUCACCUCAUCAAAACAAAAGGGCAACGCAUGCCAGCUACCGAAACGCAAGGAGUUUGCUUCUCAAACUGAUGCCACUGCAGGCUGUGAACACACGGCUACCUUGUAGAAGAGUUGUUGCUCACUUCAGGAGCAAAGGGGAAUCACUCUGGACCAGACCUGCAGAGCUUUAUCUAUGGAGUCAUCCACCUCUGCGUUGGACAUGUCAGGAGUGUAGUUCACAAUCCUGUGGCACAGAGAAAUUAAUGUAUACGCAUACCCAUACUUUAUGAAAUGCUGUCUACAAUUGGUCGCUCUCUGUGUGCAUCACUCACCUGUAGGUGAGGCUGUUUUUCUCCCACUUCAGUUUUUUUCCAAAGAUGGAGAAACGAGCGACAGCUCCAUCAGGAAUGCCACAGCGAGGCUUCUUCAUCAUGGCCAAAGUGUCUGAGUCGGGCGUCCUGGUGAUUUUGAGACCAAAGAAUUUCUGCAUUCUCUGUGAGCUUGAUGGUAACAGGGUUGAGUCCCCGUCUAACAGCUGGACCACUUUCCUCUGUCAGGUUGAAGAAUUUCUUCAGGUAGCUCUGUGAAUGAGAAGAAAACAUUAGAUUCAUACACAUGCAGCAGUUGCAGAAGCUGCAAGAGCCUGAUGAAGCAACAAAAGCUUCUUCUGUGAGAACGCAACAAAUCACUCUCGCCUCUGCAAACUGUUUAUCCUUUCCGGCCACCUUUGCCAUUGGCAAACAGUAAACUGUAACUGCCAGGCUCAGUAGAAGGCUCAGAUUUAAGGACUUCAUGCUUCCUCCCUGACUGCAGCUUAAAUCUCCGUGCUGGAAGCAGCAAUUUUAUAGUCUGAGCUUUAGGUGUGUUGAACAACUACAUGACUGAGAAAAAUGUCCAUUUAAGGAAAGGAAGCUGAGCCUUCACGUGCCCAAAACAACACAAUGCAAUAAUAACUUUUUUCUUGUAUUUCUUCUCAUGCAUAUGCAUUCAGCAUAUGCAUGAGAAGGAUUUUUACUCAUGCUCAUCAUUUUAUGUGACAUAUUUCACUGUUUUUAAAAAAAUAUAUAUUAUUUCAUUUAUUUAACAAAUGAAUGCAAUGUUCUUAAUCCCAAUAAUCUUGCUGUACAUCAAACAAAAACUGCAGAUAUUGAUAUAAUACCAGUACAGUAUGCCAUAUUUAUGUUUUACCUGUUAAUAAAUAAUAUAAUAUUAAUAAAUAUUGUGGUGAUAUUACUAAAAUAACUGUUAUUACUGUUAUUACAAAAAAUGCUCUAAAUAUGUUAAAUUAGUCACACUUUUGUGUAAGAGCUUGUUUGGUCUAAAUGUUUGGUUUGUGGACCCCAAAGAAUAGACAGCAAGCCUGGGAAUAGACAGGAGAGAGGCCGUUAGCUACACACACGCUCAUAACUAAAUCCAUUAUAGAGUCAAUAUGGCCCAAACCUGCAAAGCACUGUGAUACACGCAUACAGUAUAUAAUUUGUAUUAUAAAUCACAAGACCCAAACAAAAAGUUAAUACACAGCAAGUCAUGAAAAGAUACAUACCUACAUACAUAGGCCUCAGUUUGUGAGAGCCAGGGGCUGUGUGUCUGACACUCUGACCUGUAGUGUGAGGGCCCCACAGGGGACUGUACUGGCCCUUUACCUUUCAGACACAACAUGGACAACUGUGUUCUGCAGAAGUUCUCUGAUGAUUCUGCGACUGUCGGACUGAUAUGAUAUGACUGAUACUCUGGACCGACAAUCCAGAGUAUAGAGGACUCACUCAGAACUUUGUGGACUGGUGCCAGCGGAACCACCUCCUGAUCAACACAGGAAAAACCAAGGAGAUGUUGGUGGAUUUCCGCCAAAAGCAGGCUGCUGUCAUCCCACCGAUGCACAUCCAGUGAAGGAACAUUGAGAGAGUGGACACACCCAGGUAUUUAUACCUGUCACAGCGCUCUAGGUAGCGGACCCACACGCACAGCGGAGACAAGGCUCAGUGAACAACAAGGGUUUGUUUGAGCUCGUGGUCAGGCAGGCAAGGGUCGGUACACAAGGACAGCGGUUUCAGUACAGGCAAGGAUCUGGCAAUCGGUGGUCAAAGGACAGGCUUAGGUCGGACUUACGGCAAGGCGAUAUCACAGGUGAGGCGGAUGGCAAGGUCAGGAAACAACAGGAUCGGUAACAAAAAACAAGGGAUGAAGAAACACUGGAUUGCUGGCAAUAACACACGGAGACAAUCUGGCAAGGUGCUGGGCUUAGAGGUGGUGCUUAAAUACUAAUGAGAACACAGGUGAGUAAUGAUUGAUAGAAUACAGCUGGUGAUAUCACGUGACUGCAAAGUAAAGCUAAAACAAAAGUGACAAGACAAAACCGGAAGUAUAAGAAAAUAAAGCAGGAAGUGAGUCCAGACUGUGACAAUACCCAGGUAUUUAUACCUGAGUGUGUCCACUCUCUCAAUGUCAGGCAGUUACAGUUUUUAUCGGUCGCUUUGACCUGUUUUGCAUAACUAGGUUCCAUUUAUUUUCAUCAUCACUAUUCCAGCAGUGUAUCAGACACAUUUAGCAAAUGUGUAAACCUGUUCUCAUUGGAUUGACACAUUUUCUCCUCCCUUUUGAAAAACAGUUGACACUGACGUCAUUCAAAUGGUUUAAACCAAAGGAAAAUCAUCCGUUCCUAACUAUUAGAAACCAUUAAGACCAGUAUGAACUCACUAUAGCACCUGAUUGACACUACACAAAAAUCUUCAAUUUGCUAUGAGUCUUUAGACCUUAAAAAUGGUACCAGGUUGGUGUUGUUCUUUACCAGCAUGGAUGGAGGAGGUCUAAAGCAGAGACUGAGUAUCAAUAGUGUCUGUGUCUCAUCCUCCAAUAGUUUUGACUGUAUUCUGUAUUCUGUAUUCUACAUGUAUUUUCUGUAAUAUUUACAAUAUUUCAGUUUUCUGCCACUGUUUAAAAAAAUUAAUGUCAUGGAUUUAAUAAAUCAAAGCAUUUCUUCA